AUGAGCGCAACUACCGUGAUGCACCACACGACGAGGCUGGCCGCUAGGGGUCAGAAGGUCAAAGGACCCGUCGAGGGGCAAGGACGGUCGGGGGGUAGGCGUAUGCCUAAUCCUCGGUCCACCCGAACUCCAAGGCGCGGUGCCGAAGACGAGCGGGGAGAGGACCCGGAGCCCGUGGUCACAUCAGACGAAAGCGAGCUGGAGUGGGAGGAGGACCCGAAGGAGGAAAGGAGGACCUGGCGGCUGAAGAGGGCCAUGAGCGGGGCCGAUAACCGGAUCCUUCCGGGGACCGCGCCGGCGUUCGAGGAGGCCAGACAGAACCCUAGAGGGAGCGGGGGGACGUCAGCGGCGAUGGCAAACGCCAUCGUGAAGAUGCGGAAGCUGGAGGCCGACCGAGUGGCGGCCAGGGGAGCCCCACAGUCGGAACGGAUGGCAGCGAGGGAGGAGUAUGAGGCCGCCAAGGCAGCGCGCGUCCGCAUGCAGCAACGGGCGGCCAGGCACGAAAUCCAGCAGAGAGCGAGGACCAAGGAGGAGGAGGAGAAGAAGUGGCUCAAGGAGCUCGAAAGGGCAGAGAAGGAGGAGUGCGCGGCGUGGGAGCUGGUUCCCUGGCACGAGGGGGAAGAAGCCGGUGGCAAAGGGGGAGAAGUACCCGCCACUCCGCGGUACAUUCAUUCGGAGGAGAUGGUAAAGGAAGGAACCCCGGAGCCGUCCCCACCCCCGUCACCCAUAGCGUCAACAAGGAUCCCACCUACGCCCCGGCCACGGCACUGGCCACCCAGCCCCCCACCCAACCCGGUGCCGACCGUCCGUCCACCCACGGCUCCGCCAACCCACCCGGAACCCCAGGACCCCGUGGGAGACCAGGACCCUCCGAUCCCGCACGCCAGGGUGUCGCACCAAGUGAGGGAGUAUACGGAAGGAGGCAGACGAUGGCGGCAACAAUUCGUCACUUGGACCUGGCCGGUUACCCCCGAAGGACCUGAGGAAGAAGAGGCGCCGGUCCAUGACGGUGGGGCUCCGCCAACCCCGGACACGACGGCCGAGCUGGAGAAGGGGCCAUGGGUGUGGCCAUCACCCAAGGACACCCCAAGGCCCGGACUCCAGCGGCAGUCAUCCGCUCCAUCGUUUGGUGUACCCGCAUCCCGGCCGUCCUGGGUGCGGAUGGCAUCUGCGUCGGAGGUCCAGCGGUGGGCUCCGAUUCCGGAGGCGGAAUGGCCCGCGGGAGUCAUGGAGGAGCCGGUAAUCCGGGACGCCAAGCGCCGAGGUAGCCGCCGGUGCGUGGUCCUGCACCGCGGAAAUAAGAGGUUCCGAGUGAGGGUAGCGGCGACGGGGAUCCGUUUGUUCGGGCUGGUGAACGAGUGUCCGGGUAGCUGA